AGAACCAAGGAAGCUGAAUUAGAUCCACCAAAUCUCUCUCUCUCUCACUUGCUAUAAUUAGUUCACUUUUGAACCAAGUAGUCACGAGACACCCUUGAAGCUUUUGCCUUUGAAUUCUUCUUUAUGCUGCUAAACAACCUAAUCUUAGUAGGAAAAACCGUGAAAACUCCUUCUUCUUCCUACCAUCAGCACAAUUUCAUUUUUAUGCCUUCAAUUCCUUAAGCAACGAAAUCCCAACAUUCCUCUUUGUUUCGUUCUUGCAUGCUGCAAGGCCUUUCAUCCAUCACAACUUUGAUACACCAAGUAAUCAUUGGCUGACAAAGGGUCUUCUUUGAACAUGCAAACUCAUCAAUUUGAUGGUUUAAUAAAAAACCAAACACACUUUUCAUUCUUCCUUGGAACUCAUGCUUCAAAACCAACGUUCAGGGGGGAAACUUCUUUUAACUGUCUCUUUUGACAGCAAAGGUUUCACAAACGCAAACGCACACACUUGUUUUAUCACUUCAAUGGCAGGGUCAUGUUUCCACGGGCUUCGUUUGAGGAGGUCAAAGAGUAAAUCUUUACCAGACCCUUCAUCUUCAUACAGGGCCCGAAUGGAUUCUGAAGAGGAGAAGAUGGAAAGGAAGAGAUUUGAUAGCACAGAAUCUUGGUCCAUGAUAUUGGACUCAGUGGAGACAUGGGAAGCUUCAAAGGAGGAGCAGGGGCAGGAGCAAGAGGAAUGGAAUGCAGACUUAUCACAGCUUUUCAUAGGUAACAAGUUUGCUUCUGGGGCUCACAGUAGAAUCUACCGUGGAAUCUACAAGCAGAAAGCCGUUGCUGUCAAAAUGGUGAGGAUUCCAGCGCAGGAUGAGGAGAAAAGAGCCUUACUAGAACAGCAAUUUAACUCCGAAGUGGCUUUACUUUCACGUCUCUUUCAUCAUAACAUAGUGCAGUUUAUUGCAGCAUGUAAAAAACCGCCAGUGUAUUGUAUCAUAACAGAAUACAUGUCACAAGGAACUCUGAGGAUGUAUCUGAACAAAAAAGAGCCAUACUCCCUUUCUAUGGAAACAAUACUAAGGCUAGCUCUUGACAUAUCUAGGGGUAUGGAGUACCUUCAUUCACAAGGUGUGAUUCACAGAGAUCUCAAGUCAAAUAACUUGCUUCUCAAUGAUGAUAUGAGGGUUAAGGUGGCAGAUUUUGGCACAUCGUGUCUUGAAACACGAUGCCGAGAAACCAAAGGAAACAUGGGAACAUAUCGUUGGAUGGCACCAGAAAUGAUUAAGGAAAAGCCUUAUACUCGCAAAGUCGAUGUGUACAGUUUUGGUAUUGUUCUUUGGGAGCUCACAACCGCUCUACUUCCCUUCCAAGGAAUGACCCCAGUGCAAGCUGCUUUUGCUGUGGCUGAGAAGAAUGAAAGGCCUCCUUUGCCAGCUAGUUGUCAGCCAGCACUAGCACAUCUGAUAAAGCGUUGCUGGUCAGCAAACCCCUCGAAAAGGCCAGAUUUCUGCGAUAUUGUGUCCACUUUGGAGAAGUACGAUGAGUGUGUGAAAGAGGGCCUACCGCUAACUCAUCAUUCAGGACUAGUAAGCCGAAAUGUAAUUAUUGAACGCCUAAAAGGCUGUGUAUCCAUGAGCUCCUCCAUACCUGUACAUGCUUGAUUCCCCCUACAAUUAAGGUAUAUAAAUUGUCCUUAUCUUCCAUACGAUCAUUGUAUUACUUUAAUAUAUACAUAGUCCAUCAUAGUUUAUACAAGCAUAAUGUUCUUUCAACUGUAUUAUGAACAGUACUUCAGGAAAAUUUCAAGUUUGGCUCUUUUAUUUUUGCCCCCUUCUUUUCAGGACUUGUACAACUAAAUAUUCUUUACUGCAUAAUAACACAAGUUUCGUUUCAGUCUAGUAAGAUGUUUAAGUGGGAUUGUUUAAUAAACUAAGAAAAAGACACAUACUAUAUUGUGGGUGUAAGCAAAAGUUGAGUAACAUUAGUCUUGUGUAACUAACAGCAAACAGUAAUCUGAAGCAGCUCACCAACUACCAACAACCAGUGGCUAAGCAAACUCAGCAACAACAUCCAUCUACCCAACAUUACAACCUGAGGGCAAAGUAUUAUCAGCAACUGCUACAUUCCACCUACCACGAACGCUGACAUUAGUCUUAAAACUACACACUUUGUUGGAACCUCACUUGCUAUGAUGCCCUUGUCCUUGUCUUUAAAGUUUCCAUCUUAAAAUUGCUAGCCUAAGCGUAAGGAAUUUGCAAUGUUAACUGCAAAGGAUUAAAUGAAAUAAUUUUUAAUAUAAAUCUAGAUCAUUAGAUGAUGUUUAGAGAAUGUAUACCUGGCAUUAGAGAGGAAUUGGCUAUCUGAUGUGAGAAUCACACGUUAUCACAGAUUUGGUGUAACUUAGAUUUAGAGUGCGUUUGCAUUCAUGUUUAAAUUAU